AAGUAAGGUCUGCGUAACAGCUUAUUACUCGCACUGGUACAGUGAUAUUCUCAAUACAAUCGAGCAUAACCUAACUGUUUUUAAUGAACACGAAACUAUUUCAGUUGGAGAUCACUUAUUAGUUAUGAGGUAUGAGAAAACGUUUUCAUUCCGAGGAAAGGUUGCAUCAAUAAAUUUAGAAAGUAAUACAUAUAAUAUUUUUGCCAUUGAUUUUGGAUACAUUGUUGAAAAUAUCGAAAGAACGCACUUACGAAAAACUAACUUAAUUAUAAGUCUUUUCCCAUUAUCUCAAAAGAAAGUGGUGUUAAGUAAAAUCUUCAAAGUUGAAACAGAAAAUAGUCAAAUUAUUGUUGAAGAGAGUAAAGCACUUCAACAAUUGAAAAAACUUUCGUCAAAGCAUAUGCUAUAUAAUAUUCACUAUUGUGACAUUCGGGAUGACAUGCAACUAGUAGAUAUCAGACAACGGCAUACCGUCGCUUCAGUAAUAGGCAAUCUUAUUCCAUUUCUGUCCGUAAAAGAAGAAGAUAACGUUUUCGAGUAUCAUACGUUUUAUCGUUGUUAUAUUCCUAUGGACACAAUAGUAAGACUUUAUAUAGUUAAUGCUUCUACAUUUCUGGAUGGAUAUAUAUUUGCCUCCUACUACCGCAAUGAUAAUGGAAGGGAUGAUGUUGAACGCAUCCAGAACUACUGUAACACGUUGGAACGAUCGCAUGAAAUGAAAAAUAAUUUGUUAAUGCAAGUAUGCUGCGUUUAUAAUUCUGCAAAAGAUGCAUGGGAGAGAGCUUUGUUUAUGAAAUAUUCAAAUGAUACGGCAACCGUUAUUAAUAUAGACGAUCAUACAGUUCGCGAGGUAAAAGCAUAUGACAUUCUACCAUACUAUAAGAGCUUAUCGCAGUUAUUGAAUACUUGUCAAUUUUUCAUAAAAGACUUUUCAAAUUUAAAUGAGGAUACACGCUUGAAAGUUAUGAACAAAUUAAAAUCGCUAAGUUAUAUUGACGUUUUCGUUUUGUUUGGUGAUGGAAUUGUGCCUCUAAUAGGAAAAAGAAUUUUUCAUAUUAUAUUAAAUUAUGCCGAACUUUUAGAUUCUGAAGGUGAUCAAAAUCAAAAUAAUUCCAAACCAUGUAAAUAAUAUAUAUAGAAACCUUUCUAUAUUGAGAUUCCUAUACCUAUGAAAUUUAU